ACAAAAUUGUAUUACAUAACUCUCGCUCCGCGCAUGCAACCAAGUCUGGUUCUCCAGGGAGGGCUGACCUUUGCUGGAAGCAGGUGCCAGCCAAACCUGCCAGGUGUUGGACUCCGCCCCCAGGAAAUGCUGAGCCGAAGGGCACCCCGACUGCUGACUUUGCACCGCUCUUUCCAGGUUCGCAUUUCUCAGGCUAUGUCUCAAGGAGGGAACAGUGCCGCCCUGCCACCUCCUUGCCGUGGGCUCAUCCUUGGCAUGGACCACGUGGUGAUGACUGUGAGGAGCAUUGCAGACACUGCGGCCUUCUACUCCAAGGUGCUGGGCAUGGAGGUGGUCUCCUUCAAGGGAAACCGCAAAGCCUUGCAUUUUGGGAACCAGAAGAUCAACCUCCAUGAAGCAGGGAAGGAAUUUGAACCCAAAGCCCUGCAUCCGACGCCAGGCUCCUUGGACAUCUGCUUCAUCACGGAAAUGCCUCUGGAGACACUCAUGGAGCACUUGAAGGCAUGUGGGGUCAAAAUUGAAGAAGGUCCAGUGUCCAGAACAGGGGCAAUGGGCCCAAUAAGGUCCGUUUACUUCCGAGAUCCUGACCAGAACCUUCUGGAAAUCUCUAACUACAUAAAGAGUUAGAGCCAUAGUAAAUUCAUCUCUGGAUCAGCAAAAUCUGUCCGCUCCAUUUUCAGGUCUAAAAAUAUAAUCCAAGCUCAGGUCUAGUGUGGUUGCAGUAGGACCAAGUACAACCCUCCACUUUGUAAAUCCGUUCUGGGAUUUAGUCAAAACUUUAAACGGGUUGUCCAAGGUACUGAACCUAUUCAAGGAAAUGGAGCACAACCAUGUUCUGCAAAGUUUGAUUUAAAAACAAGAGCGGAUUGUCCAUUCCAUUGUCAUGGAAGCUCCAGUUGCCAUAUUCCCGGAGAAAAAGGAAAAGGAAAAUGGAAAGAAGAUCAUAAAAAUCGAAUAGAUGUAAUCUGGAAAAGAGACGAAAUACUAACAAGACAGAUUAUUUUGUUUCUGAAAACAACCCAAUGCAUUUCAAUUAAGAAUAUGUUCCUGGCCUUCUUCAGGGGCUGUCAAAAGGAAAACAGAGAGGCAGCGCAUAGGAAAUAGUAACUAUAAACAAGAAGCAAGUUACAGUUUGCCAAAUCAAUAAAGGUCAAUUGUAUUCUA